UGAUUUGUUAAAGGGACACGCACACGCACUCACACUCGUCCUGCUCUGAUCGAUCCGCCUCAGAGAGUUUGAUCUCUGAUCAGUUGUACUGACUCUGUAUCGAUUACUGUGGUUGUGUCGGUGUCUGUACUCGGUCUGUAAGUCGCGGUCUGGUUUGAUCUGGUCUCUUCUGGUUCCGGCUGCUUGUUCCGGAACUUUUCUGCCUCGGUGUGAAGCCUCGGUCUCGGAUUAACAGUUAGCAUCUGUCUGCUGGAGCAGCUUUAGCUUCCGUUAGCUUCAUCACUCGGUACAUCCCCGCCUCAGAGUUUCUGUCUCUCACCGACCCCCGCCCCACAGCUGCUCACGGACUGUGAGCUCAGCUCCGGGGCUGGUUAGCCGGUUCGGUUCAGUUAGCGGAGCGGCUAAGCUAACAAGCUAACUGUUAGCCUGAGUUAGCAGCUAGCACUUAGCCCGGGCUGCCUCCGUGCUCCUCAUGCCGGCGAUGUUGGAAAGAAACCCGGAGGCUCCGGGGAAGAGGAGAGGCAGAGCCCCGGCGGGCGGCGGCAACAGUGGCCCCGGAGCAGCAGCGAACCCCGGCGGGAAGAGUCUGUCCGGUAAUGGAACCAGCACUAACAGCUGCUGGGAAGAAGGAAGUUCAGGAUCCAGCAGCGACGAGGAGCAUGGUGGAGGAGGGAUGAGGGUCGGCCCACAGUACCAGGCCGUGGUUCCGGAUUUUGACCCGGAAGUGGCCCAGGCGGCUCAGCUCAGAGAAAACCUUGGGAUGUUGGUUUGGAUCCCCAGCAGCUGUCUGAACCAGACUCAGUUGGAUGAGUACAUCGCCAUUGCCAAAGAGAAACAUGGCUACAACAUGGAGCAGGCUCUGGGGAUGCUCUUCUGGCACAAACACAACAUUGAGAAAUCUCUGGCUGAUCUGCCGAACUUCACCCCGUUUCCUGAUGAGUGGACAGUGGAGGACAGAGUCCUGUUUGAACAGGCUUUCAGCUUCCACGGCAAGAGCUUCCACCGCAUCCAGCAGAUGUUACCCGAUAAGUCGAUGGCCAGUCUGGUUCGGUUUUAUUACUCCUGGAAGAAAAGUCGCAGUAAAACCAGUCUCAUGGACCGACAGACCCGAAAACACAAGAGAGAGAGAGACGACAGUGACGAUGAAGUUGAAGACGGUAACAGAAAUCCCCCGAGUGACUCAGAGUUCGACCAAAAUAAAGACGACAAGAAGGAGGUGAGUUCUGGAUCAGAGAGGUCAGAGGUGAAACCAGCUGCUGGACUGAAGACAGGUGGUAAGGCGUCUCAGCGGAUGAAGAAACGUCCUCCCAGAGGAAUGUUUUUGAAUCAGCAGGACGUCGUCUCUCUGUCGUCUUCGUCCGCUCAGGGACUCAUCAGACACCUGGACGGUCAGCUUGUCUCCAUCAAGAGACAGAUUCAGACGAUCAAACAGACGAACAGCGCUCUGAAGGAGAAGCUCAGCUCAGGAGUCGACGAGUUCAGGCAACCUGAGGUGAAUCAGAAGUUUAACACUCGUUGGACCACAGAGGAGCAGCUGCUCGCUGUACAAGCCAUCAGGAAGUAUGGGCGGGACUUCCAGGCGAUCUCAGAUGUGAUUGGUAACAAGUCGGUGGUUCAGGUGAAGAACUUCCUGGUGAACUACAGACGGAGGUUUAACCUGGACGAAGUUCUUCAGGAGUGGGAAGCUGAACAUGGCAUGGAAGGAGGAGAUGGGGGAGGAGAGGAGGACAAGAUGGAGGAAAAGAUGGAGGUCUGUCCUGCUGAGGAGGAGGUUACAGCCAAGGAGACAGAGGAGCAGGACUCAUCCUCGCCGGUGGACUCGCAGAAGCCUCUGGCCUCCUGAGACCCUCUGACCCCCCCCCCCCCCGUUUUAUGAUGUCAUCAUUUAAUUUUAUUUUAUUCUCUCAGUUUAUGAGUUACAGUGUGUUUAACUUUUAUCGAUCAGUCGAUUGAUCGGGUUUGAUGUUUGUACCAUCACUUUUCACCUGUCAUCACUGCUCUCUCUGGACCAAUCAGAAAUCGGACCUGACCUGUCAAUCAAAGUGGGAGGGACCUGGUGUAUGUCUUUUUUCCGUAAUUUUUGUUUUAAAUCAGCUGUUUUUUUGAGUUUUUUGUUUCUUUCACUCUGUGUGUGGAGGUGUGUGUUGGGGGGUGGAGGUCUUGAACCCAGGCAGCCAUGUUGGAUGAUGUCACUCAGGUAUCGUCAUCCUGUUUUAUGGAAUUUAGGAUAUUUUAGAGAAGUGACAAUAAAACCAAAGUUCAUC